AUGUGCGCACUUCUUCGCACGCAUCCGCUCGACCCUUCUUCUGUAACAACAAGCAUUCGCUCAUACUUUCGACCACCUUGCGAAGGCAGAGCAGCCAACAUGUCGUCCACCACUGCCAGCACGACCACCACCACACAAACCGCUCAGGCCGGCUCCAUCAGCCUCGACUCGUCGCUCGCCGGCUACGAUGAGGAGCAGAUCCGCCUCAUGGAGGAGCGAUGCAUCGUGCUCGACAACGACGACAAGUACGUCCGCGACGGCAGCAAGAAGGAGUGCCACCUCAUGACCAACAUCAACAAGGGUCUCUUGCAUCGCGCCUUCUCCGUCUUCCUCUUUGACCCCGAGUCCGGCAAGCUGCUCCUCCAGCGCAGGGCCACCGAGAAGAUCACCUUCCCCAACAUGUGGACCAACACGUGCUGCUCCCACCCGCUCGCCAUCAAGGGCGAACUCGAAGAAGCAGAGCAGAUCGGUGUUCGUCGCGCUGCUCAGCGCAAGCUCGACCACGAGUUGGGCAUCCCGGCAGAGCAGGUGCCAUUGGACGAAUUCCAGUACCUCACGCGCAUCCACUACCUCGCCGCCAACGGUCAGGACGACAUCUGGGGCGAGCACGAGAUCGACUACAUCCUCUUCAUCACCGCCAACGUCACGCUCCAGCCCAACCUCAACGAGGUGUGCGACACAAAGUGGGUCUCGCCCCAAGAGCUCAAGGUUCUCAUGACCGAACUCGACCCCGCCUCCUUUACGCCCUGGUUCAAGCUGAUCGUGCAGAAGUUCCUCUUCCCCUGGUGGACCGAGCUGCUGGCAAGGAGGCAAGCCGAGCAGCCACUCGAUGCAAAGUCGCUCGCAGACCUCACAGACCACUCCAUCCACCGCAUGCUUUAG